CUGCAGCGUCUCUCCCGUUUUCCUUUGUAGAAUGAAGACCAUUCUCAGCAACCAGACCGUUGACAUCCCCGAGCAAGUCAGUGUCUCGCUGAAGGGCCGGACGGUCAUCGUUAAGGGCCCCAGAGGAACCUUGCGACGGGAUUUUAACCACAUCAAUGUGGAGCUCUCCCUGCUGGGAAAGAAGCACAAGAAGCUACGUGUUGACAAGUGGUGGGGUAACAGAAAGGAGCUGGCAACAGUUCGCACAAUUUGCAGCCAUGUACAGAACAUGAUAAAGGGUGUUACACUGGGCUUUCGUUACAAGAUGAGGUCGGUGUACGCUCACUUCCCAAUCAACGUAGUUAUACAGGAUAAUGGCUCACUUGUGGAAAUCCGAAACUUCUUGGGAGAGAAGUACAUUCGCAGAGUGCGUAUGAGGCCAGGUGUUUCCUGUGCAGUAUCUCAAGCCCAGAAAGAUGAGCUGAUCCUUGAAGGGAAUGACAUUGAAUUGGUCUCUAAUUCAGCUGCCUUGAUUCAGCAAGCCACUACGGUCAAGAACAAGGAUAUCAGGAAAUUCUUGGAUGGUAUCUAUGUCUCCGAGAAAGGAACAGUACAGCAGGCAGAUGAGUAAAACUCUUAAAAGUUGUCUGGAUCCUGAAA